AUCCCAAGAAAGUAACAAUUCAAGCAAAGGAUAAACAAGAAAGAGAAAACAGAGUCUGGUUAUGGCUUCUUCACUAAUUCCCCACCAAAAUUCUCUCUUCCAAUUUCCAUCUACUCUUCUUCACCUGCCCAGUACUCCAUGUUGUGUGAACACAUGCAUUCCUAGUUUUUCUCCUCCAACACGAACUGCUUCUGAUUUGCACCUCAAGCCUAUGUACAGAAUUCCAAGAGCUUCUUCUGAAGAUCUUCCUACUGAGUUGAUAGAGGAUUCCAAGUUUGUCCCCCUAAAUUCUGAGGAUCCAAAAUAUGGUCCACCUGCUUUGUUGUUGCUGGGUUUCCAGGUGGGAGAGGCAGCAAAGAUACAAAGGCUUUUGAAGGAGUUGGAUGGUGAAUUUCUUGAGGUGAUUUUUUGUACUGAAGACAUGAUCAACCGUUCACUCUGGGAAGCAGUGAACACAAAACAAUCCAAUUUGGAAUCAUCUAAGGUUGCAACGUCACUUCCACGGAUUUGCUUCCUAUCUGGGCUUACUGGGGAGGAGAUGAUGAUGUUCAUUGACGCCUUUCCAGAAAGUGGUCUGGAGCCUCCCGUCUUUGCAGCCCUCGUUCCAAAUAGUGCUGAAAAACCUUUAGCAGAGUUGAUAGACGAGAUUAUGGGGGACCAUGAAAUGCUAUCUGCAAGCGGAACAAGCUAAAGAAACGGGAAACGAUUCUUGGAAGUUUGAGUGAGACAACUUACAUUUGUUCGUGUAACAUGCUCAGGCUGAUGAAAAGCUUGAACAGGAAUGCACGUACCAGCGUUUAAACGCAUCGACUGAACUCGUGAAGAUCUGUUUCAUUGUUGAAUCACUAUUGUUAAGGCUCUUAUAUACGUUGGAAAGCUUGUGUUUCAAAGGCUCUACGGUGAAAAUAAACGCGUAAGUAUUAAAUUAUAUCGGGCUAUAUUCAAUAGAUGGAUUUGGAUUUUGA